GAGCAGAAAAUGAAGAUGAAGCUAUGCAGGAGGUAUAUUUACAAUGCCUAUAUCGGAAUUAUUCAGAAGAAGAAGAAAUCAAUGAAAUCAUAAAAUUGGCAGUAGAUGCUUAUAGAGCAUCAGAUAAAGGAA